UCCCAUUAUCCACAUCUCUAAAUCCAUUUUAAGGAGCGCCAUAAAAUGCCACCAAUUUGGAAACUUACACUACUGAUCGCUACACCAUGGCCAACCUUUCCCUAACCAGCAACUUUGUUAGCACAUCACUUACACCACACCAUCCCCGCCGCCUCAAUCUCAUAACUUCACCGGAAGAUGCAAAACCUCUGCAGAGUCAAAGAGGGAAGAACACACUUAUAAUCACAAGCGCAGCAAAAUCUGGUGGUGGAGGGGGCGGCGGCGGCCCUUUUAAAUCCAUUAUAAACAAGUGUAAAAGUUGUGGAGGUCAAGGUGCUAUUGAAUGCCCUGGAUGUAAGGGUACGGGGAAGAACAAGAAGAAUGGAAACAUCUUCGAACGUUGGAAGUGUUAUGACUGCCAAGGCUUUGGACUGAAGGGUUGCCCUGCUUGUGGAACAGGAGGUUUAACUCCAGAACAACGUGGGGAGAGAUAAUUACUCACAAUACAAAAUGUAUGAUUCAUUAUAUUAUUACAUGUAUAAAUAUCAUAGUUGUGACAAUUUUUAAAAAAUCAUUUUUCAGUUUUUGGGUUA